AUGCCUGUUCGUCCUCCAGUUUCCACCCCCUUGAUGUUGAUCGGGAACACCCCAGUGGUACGCCUUCAUAAUGUCGUGCCCGACCAUUGCGCCCAAAUUUUCCUGAAAAUUGAAUCUGUCAACCCAACUGGUUCAUACAAAGAUCGCAUGGCAAAGUCAAUGAUCGAAGAGGCUGAAUCUCGGGGAGAUCUGAGACCAGGCAUGACGGUCGUGGAGGCCACAGGGGGAAGCACAGGCUCCUCACUGGCUUUUCUAUGCGCGGUAAAAGGCUAUCAAUUCCACGUCGUCUCAUCCAAUGCUUUUGCGACUGAGAAGCUGCGAGCUAUGAGCGCCUUUGGUGCGUUAGUCGACCUGAUUCACAGUCCGACUGGGACUAUUAACCCGACUCUCAUCCCUUCUAUGAUACAACGCGCAGAACAGGUUGCCAAAGCCGAUAAUCAUUACUUCACCAACCAGUUCAUCAACAAAGAUUCUCUGAUUGGAUACGAGACUAUUGGCCACGAGCUAGUCGAGCAAUUUCCCCAGAGAAUUGAUGCAUUUUGUGGCGCUGUUGGCACUGCCGGUAUGGUUAUGGGUGUGGCAAGGGUUCUGAAAUCGAAGUGGAAAGGGACCCAUAUCGUUGUUGUUGAACCAGCAUCUUCACCUACAAUCACUGAGAAUCGCCCUGGUCCUCACAGCGUGGAAGGUAUUGGUAUCGGUUACAUUCCACCACACCUUGAUCGUCAGCUGUACGACGAAGCACUUGCAAUCUCCGAGGAAGAAGGUCGGAGCAUGUGCCGGCGCCUCGCUAAGGAAGAAGGAUUUCUGGCUGGAACAUCAACUGGCCUCAACGUCGUGGCCGCGAUCAAACUGGCCAAACAGCUCGGCCCUGGUAAAAUAGUCGUCACUGUAGCAGCAGACACGGGGCUGAAAUACUUGAAUGGAAGCUUGUUUGCAAAUAAAUAA